CAAACUUGCCGUCAAGCCCCAUGGCGGCCAACGUCGUCGUGCCUGCAUGGGGCUGUGUAGCGCCUGUGCUGUGCCGCCUGGACGACGCUGAACUGGUCAAGGUGCAGCGGCCAGCACGAAUUGGCUCGGAGGCAGCGACUGAAUGGAUUCCGCUCUCCAAGGACAUUGCCCCAGUCGCAUCAUCGGCACGGGUGCCAGGCGACAACUUGUGCUUGCACACUGCGGCAGCUCCUCUUGGCCGAAUGGCCGCCACAACGGUUGCUGUCGACGUUGGCGACGUUGUGUUUGCCACACCUGCGUUCGCGGUAGCACUAAGUCGUGGUUUCGUCGCGUCGCACUGCCACAUGUGCUUGACCAAACUUCGCGGCCGCGUCGUGCAAUGCGCAGACUGCAAAGUGGCACGGUAUUGCGAUCGGGACUGCAUGCGCGCCGACAUCGACACCCACACGAUCGAGUGUGACGCGCUCGUGCAACUUGCUCCAAUACGCAGCAACGACCCCGACGCAGCGGCUGCUGAUUUACAGACACGGUUGGUCCUGGCGGUGUUGGCCAUGGAAGUGAAAAUGCAAAAUCCAUUCGUGAUCCAAGACCUGACCACGUACUCGUUGGCGAAACAGGACGAGGCAGAUUACUUAGCGGUAGCCAAGACCCUGCUUGGAGCCAUCAAGCGCUCGCCGGCGUGGAUGACGUCAGCGCACGUUCUGGACGUUUACCGAGCAGUCCGAUUCAAUGCCCACCCGAUCGUUGUCGACCUGGCCUCGCCGUCCCUCGGGUUGGGUCUGUUUCCCGACGCGGCCAAGAUGUUCAAUCACUCGUGCGCUCCAACUGCAUUCCCUUGCUUUAACAUCAAGACGCACGCACUUGAAUUCCGCGCCGUGACGCCACUGUUGCCUGGCACACUUGUUUCGUACUCGUACCUGGACGUGCUGGGGUAUUCUCUUCUCCAGCCAAAGCCAUCCCGACAGCGCUGCCUCCAGGAAGCAUUCGAGUUUGCGUGCCAGUGCAGUCGCUGCUUCCAUGAACCGGACGCUUCCGACCAAACCAACGUCGUCGACGCGUGGCUAGCAGACCUCGACCUUGCGCAACAACGGCACGACUGGACUCGGCUCAUCGACCUCUGCCAUUCCAUCAUGACGCACUGGACGGCAACACUCGGCCUCCCGGAGACAUACCCACUCAUGUACGUGCUUCAAAAGAAGAUUGACCUCGCGGCUGCCCACGUCCCACAUGCCGCACCACGCGCCCCGUGCUCCGUGCCUGCCGCCGACCACAUCUUGCGCGUGUGUGGAUUGAAUGGACGACCUGCAAUAUAGCUCAAUACACUCGAUCUACGACAUGCCACUGGUGCGAGUAGAGGUUGCCAAUGUUGAAUGCACAAGUGCUGGCGAGUCAGCGCUGUCCUGGA